AUGGAAUCCAUCCCAAAUCAGCUGCCGGCUGGAAGAGACUCCAGCUGUUCGCCGAACUCUAAACAAGACUUGCAGUCUUACUCUGGGCCAACACUUAAGCCGAACCAAGUCAGUGAGACCUCUUUAUAUGGAAUACCGAUCGUUUCACUAGUCAUAGAUGGUCAAGAGAGACUUUGCCUAGCCCAAAUAUCCAACACUCUCCUGAAGAACUACAGCUAUAACGAAAUCCACAACCGGCGCGUGGCCCUGGGCAUCACUUGUGUGCAGUGUACUCCGGUCCAGCUGGAGAUUCUCAGGCGCGCAGGGGCUAUGCCUAUUUCCUCGAGACGCUGCGGGAUGAUUACAAAGCGAGAGGCCGAGAGGCUCUGCAAGUCGUUUCUGGGCGCCCACAGCCCGCCGAAAUUACCAGAAAAUUUCGCUUUUGACGUGUCGCACGAAUGCGCGUGGGGCAGCCGGGGCAAUUUCAUCCCGGCCAGAUACAACAGCUCGAGAGCGAAGUGCAUUAAGUGUUCGUUCUGCAACAUGUAUUUCUCUCCAAACAAGUUCAUCUUUCACUCUCAUCGCACGCCGGAGUCCAAAUACACGCAACCCGACGCAGCAAACUUCAAUUCUUGGAGAAGACACUUAAAAAUAACCGAUAAAAACUCACCGGACGACGUGUCCCAUGCCUGGGAAGACGUCAAAGCCAUGUUUAACGGUGGCAGCCGCAAGAGGACGCUGCCAAUCGGUGGGUCUGAUCGUUCGUCCUCGCUUAGUACGCAAGCACCGAGAGGUCAGACCCAGAGGGAACCGUCUGAGGUGCCCCACAAAACUCUCCGAUGUGAGGAUGACAGGGGGAACGUGACGAUGCCGAGCAGCAUACGCAGUUACCCCGUUAUUCCGGUGCCCAGUAAGAGUUUUGGGAUGUUGCAGAAAAUUCCACCACCGCUCUUUCCACAUCCAUACGGAUUCCCGGCGUUUGGAUUGUGUCAGAAGAAGGAUGACGGUGUGGUGAUGGGAGAGCCAAACAAAACAAACCUAUCAGGUGUGUUCUGGCCGAGCGCGAAGGACAGUGCCUAUCCCUCCUUUCCGAUGUUUUGGCCUACAACAGGCAGCUUGGCCAUGCCAACAUACCACCAUGCCCAGCCUAAACCUCCACCUGACGUGUUGUGCACUAGACAUAGUGAGCUAGACGUGUCAGAGCAAAGUGACCGAAGCACGAGCACCCCUAAAGACAGUCUACUUGAUAACGAACGGUGUUCCAGCACUCAGUCCACCAGAAACGAGGAGGAUAAAUCUGGGGAUGAGAGCAGGUCUAUAGAAGGGAUACCAGCCACCCCAAGAAAAAUAAGCUACAUAUCUGCAUUCAGGCCGGUUGUUAAAGAUGUUGAGAGCAUCGCAAAGCUAUACGGAAACAGGGGUCCGUAUUCUGGUCCUCGAUCUGGUUAUAUGUCACCAGAUUUCUUGAGUGAAAGUUCUAGUUAUAGAUCAGUGUCUCCGGACGUGGACAGCGUGGACGAUCCGGAUGUGGAUGUGGAGUCACAUAAAGUGCACGAGGACGAGGAGUGUUUGCAGCUGACUGUGGAUGACCGGCGGAGUCCUCACGGUUUGACCGUAGCGCAAAGUGACGGGGUAAAAGAUCAAGACCAAGACAAUAGCCAAAUGCACACCGUCUAUUCACGUGAACGAGAUGAGCACGUGCAUCAAAUGAGCACAUCUUAUUUUGGUUCAACGACCACUUACCAACGCGAACCGAGUGUUAAAGACGUGCAUGAAGAAGAACCUUCAUCUACGGUGGAAGAGAUGGAACCAAAAAAUCAUCAGGAUCAAACCAACAUCAAUGAGGAGCGCCUGAAGGAACCAAAUGAUGACGAGGAAUCAGUGCGCAAGGACACUGGCAGCAGGGUCUCCUUAAUUGAGAAAAACAUAGAGAGCAUGGCCAAAGAGGAAUUGCAGAAACAACUCGUGGAACAAGUUGAGCUUAGAAAAAAGUUGGAGCGUGAAUUCCAGAAUCUAAAAGACAGUUUUCAAGACCAAAUGAAAAGAGAGCUCUCAUACAGAGAGGAAAUGGUGCAGCAACUCCAGAUUGUUCGAGACACUUUGUGCAGCGAGUUGGACCAUGAGAGAGAGACAGGUUAUGCUAUUCAGCAGAAGUUAAAAGAAGCUCACGACGCACUACACCAUUUCUCGUGUAAGAUGCUGACUCCCCGUCACUGCGCUGGGACCUGCACCUUCAAACCUCCUCUUCUACCGCCUUGAUGGACACCUAUUGAAGACAUAAGUGUUCUUUAGAAAUACUGCUGUGUCAAAUAAAACUUUACUUUUUUCCCCUCUGCAAAACACUGUCAACCUUUAGACCUGGAAUAAGCAAGUGUGUACUGUAGUAUUUUAGCUCUUACACUGUAAUGAAGUCAUUUUCAUUUGCAAAAGAGUGUUUUCAGAGUCACUGUAUGUACUGUAUAAUUUAUACAAAGUUCUAGAAAAUUGCAUUAUAAAAAAAUUGACGUCCCACUUAAAAAUAUUAUCAUCAGCUGUAGAAAUCACUGGUAUUAAGUGG